AUGGAGUCAGUUUACUCUUUUCUUACCGCCCGUACAUUACACCUGAAAACGAGCCAUAAUGAUCAAAAUCGGGUCAUCGUGACUUUAGCCGGCCCUCCCGGUUCGGGAAAAUCCACAAUCGCAGCAGAAGUUGUUUCGCGUCUCAACAUAUUUGGCUCACCGCCCACUGCAGCGGUGUUGCCAAUGGAUGGCUUCCACCUUUCACGCACUACUCUUGACAGAAUGCCCAAUAGCACCGAGGCUCACGCUCGCCGAGGCGCCUCAUGGACGUUUGAUGCAGCUGGUGUAGUGAGCCUCGUGGAGGAACUGUCAGAAUCAAGAUUCGGAGCGCCUAAGAAGACCAUAGUUGCGCCUAGUUUUGACCACGCGAUCAAAGAUCCCAUUAAGGGAGGAAUUACUUUGGGCCAAGAGGUUCAGUUUGUGAUUCUCGAGGGUAAUUAUCUGCUACUGGACGCAGAGCCAUGGCAUAGAAUCAGGGAGCUUGUUGAUGAAACCUGGUUUGUGGACGUGGAUCCUGCACUGGCGAUAGAAAGAAUUACCAAAAGGCAUAUUCAAAGUGGUAUUGAGCUCAGUUUGGAGGGAGCCUUAAAGAGAGUGAAGGGUAAUGAUUUGUUAAACGGUGUUCAGAUUAGAGAAAAGCUUUUAACGCCUGAUGUGAGGGUGGUGAGUGUAAAUGACUAG